CACGGCAGGCAGACCGGCAGGCCGACAGGCAGGCAGGCAGGCAGGCCGUGACAUCAGAGGGGGGGGACUUUAUAAAAGUCGGUCCAGUGAGGCAGCUCCGGCCCCUCCACCCGGACUGUUGUACACUGCAGUGAGACGCUUUUGGCUGGGAUGGAGAGCAGAGUGAGAAACGGGAGUGCACACAUGCUGCUGCUGACAGGUUCACUACUGCUCUACCUGUGCUGCCAGAUCUGCUGUCAGCAGUGUGGGAGUCCAUGCCAGUGUCCCAGCUCAAAGCCAGUCUGCCGUGAAAAUGUCUCUCUGGUGCAGGAUGGGUGUGGGUGUUGCCAGAUAUGUGCCAGACAGAAAGGGGAAUCCUGCAGUGAUGUGCUGGUGUGUGAUAAACAGCGCGGUCUGCAGUGUGAUUACAGCGCAAGCUUUCCUGGAGAACCUGGAGAGUGUAUCAGUGAGCAGGAUCUGGGCUGUGAGAUGAACGGCGUCUCCUAUCGGGAGGGGGAGGUGUUCCAGCCGUCCUGCACCACCCGGUGCCACUGUCUGGGUGGAGGGGUGACCUGCGUGCCCCUGUGUAACGAUGACGUCCGUCUACCCACCCCAGACUGCCCUCACCCUCAGCGGGUGCAGCUGCCAGGAAAGUGCUGUAAGGAGUGGGUGUGUGAGAACCUGGAUAACAGCGUGCUUCAGGACGCACAAACAGCUCAAAACCCGGACCAGUUACGACCCCUUCCUGGUUUCCAAGCCAAUCCAGGCAUGAACUGCAUAGAGCAGAGCACAGAGUGGAGCGCAUGCUCUCGUACCUGCGGCCCAGGUGUAUCAACACGAGUAUCCAAUCAGAACCCGGCCUGCAGGCUGGAAAUGCAGAUCAGACUGUGCACGGUCCGACCCUGCCAGGCUUUACAACACAGGACUCCAGCGUGGCCGAGGAGGUGCCAGUCCAGCUACAGGUCAGCAGUCCCGGUGCGGCUGUUUCACCAGGGCUGCUUCAGCACUCGCGUCUACCGGCCGCGAUACUGCGGCCUGUGCACCGACGCUCGCUGCUGCACCCCCUACCGCACCCACACCGUCACCGUCCCCUUCAGAUGCCGGGGUGGCCGGAUUAUCCACCACAGCGUCAUGAUGAUCAACUCCUGCGCCUGCCACUACAACUGCCCUCGCUCACCUAGCGCCACCUACAGGAGACCUGGGCUCUGGAGCUAGAGGCUAUCCCUCACUGAUGCACUGAUUUACACAAAGUCCCGUCUCAUUCAGCAGGACCUACCGAAAGAAUAGCACUUUAUCACUGCAUACUGUAUCACACUUCUUUUAAAUGACUGGAUGAAAUGGAUUAAUGUCCUUCCAUAUCAAAACGUAAUCAAGUGAUCAAGUAUGCCAGUUGAGGUUCGGCUAGCUUGAGAGAGGGGCGGCUUUUUAAGGCCGGACUGGCCUUUUCUGCACUUAUAGUCGUGUAUAUAGUGUGUAUAGAUUUAGCCCUAGUUUUUUUUAAGUAGAAAGUCUCAUGGAAGCUUAUUGUCACUUUCAUACAAAGACAAGAAAAAAAAUCUAGUUUGAAAGACUCGUUAUAAAUGAAUGAAUGAAUAAAGGAAGUUCAACUUAUAUAGCACCUUUCUAGAAACCCAAAGACGCUUUACAAUUGACAAAUAUUACACACAGCACUCAUCUACACACCGGUGAAAAGAGGCAGCCAAUAGCGCACAGCGUACUCUCAACCAGAAACAACCCCAUCCACCUGGAGGAGAACUGCAUCCAGCACUACAGCAUUUACCCAAGACAGAGUGCCAAUCCGUAUCUGGGCACACAGUCAUACAUACAUCCAUUUUAAUCCUUUUAUCUAUAGUAAUGCCCCUACAUUUAUAAGACUAAAGACCACCACAUGCCUUCUCUGAUAUAUUGUACAUAAAGUCAUAUCCCGCCUCCUAACUCCUUACUACUAUCACUGAUGUGACGCUAAUCACUCGAUAGCAUCAUAGCGCAUUUGGAGGAAAGCGCAGCACCCCAGCUCAUGAUACUUCAGCUAACAGAUGCCUGUGCUGACCAAUAUUACACUAGGAGUGAUGUGGUUUUAGAGUCCCAUCUACUCACCCAGAAAAAAAAGCAUGGCCAAUUUUGCUCUCUCUGACUCCGGCUGCUGAUGGCAAGCAGCAUAAUGAAAAUAAUGAUGUGCCUCAAUCUGUUGGACCACCAAGAGCUUUUAUGAAACAAAUUUAAAGAAAAACGCUUCUUAACUUUCAGUAGUAGUGAAUAUAAAAAGUAAAUUUGAAGUAAUUCUGUCAAAUUCAAAUGAUGCCAUGGUAUAAAUGGAGAUACAGGGUUUUUGUGUGACAGUGAUAUUAAGAGAUGAUUCUGUUAGUUAGGUCUAAAUGAUGGCAGCUAAUAUUCUUGAACUAGUGCCUACAGCUUCCACAUUAUACUCCAUUACUGUAGCUUGUAGAAUAACAGCGACUGAGUGAUACAGAUUGGUAUUGUAUUGUUGAUCUGUGGUUUUGGUUUUAUCAGUUUUGCAAUUUUUAACCUAGUGAAAUGUUAAACUGACUCUGACGCCGACUUUUUGCCUGCUUUGAUUUGAUAUAGUUUAUAUAACACACAUACAGUCAUUCUACAUCAGUAAAAUUUUUGUUUCCUUUAUUGACUGCAUUUCUGUUCUUUUGGCACGCUCCCCACACUUGAUUAUCGAACUGUAACACUAGAGCAUUAAUAAUCAGCAGGUUAAAAUGUAGAUAACUGAUUAUCAUCACAGCAGCCCUGUAACAGAUCAAGAGUGGAAAAUGCUCCUUUUACUCCGAGCUUCUUUACUUAGUGCUCGAAUUUUAAAAAUUGUUCAUUCGAAUUAAAGAAAUCGUAUAUUUUACUUAAGAACUUCAUAAAUUAAAGUGAAGGACAGAUAAAGGGCUGUAAGGAACUUAAUACAGCUUUUCAAGGGUCUGUGACACACACACACACACACACACACAUCACCACGGGCUCGUUUGGGUUAAACCACUUUCUGAAUUUCUCACUUUUCUUAAUGACCAUGUGUGAAAACAACCUUAGUUUCAGAGAACAUUUUUAAAAGUAGAAGGUUGAAGUUUCGUGAUAUGAUGGCACAAGUUUUAUGUUUUAAAAAAAGAGGGCGCUAAAGGGUUAAGGCGCUAAAGAGCUGAUAAAACCAAAUUACAUCUACAUAGCUGAUAGAAUGAUUAGUCCAUGAUUUAAUUGCUUUUAUUUUUUUUAUUUAUAUUGAUUUUUUUUUUCACUUUUUGUUUUUUUGUUUUUUUCUCUCUUGUUGUUUGUAAAUUUUUUUUUUU